AUGGUCCGGCAUCCAAAUGUGCACGAACAACCAAGUGGUAACCUUGGAUUAACUGAAGAUCACCGUUUUCUCAGGAAUUCAGACAAUAUUGAGGUGCCAAUCCAGAUUCAAGCAAUUAAUGAAGACCGAAAUGAUCUGCCAGAAAACAAAAUUGAACAGCCAGAUAUCGAUGAUACGUUAGUGGAGGAAGAGGACUAUGAAAUAGUUGAGCUUGGCAUAGAUGAUGCUCUUGUUGACGGUAGAUUGAUUUUAAAUGUUAUAAUACUGAAAAAAUUAAAUUAA